GUUAAACUCCCCUCCCUCUCUCUCUCUCUCUCUCUCUCUCUCUCUCUUCUUAAUCUAUUCUUUCAUUCCUCUCCCAAUCUUUUGGGUUCUCUCUUUUUCUUUUCUUUUAUGCUUUUGGGUUCAAUUUUGAUGCCUUUCUUGUUCAACUAAUGUAUUCCUCGUCCAAUUCCUUCCUGGGCAGCGCCAACAGCGCCCGCCCCGGACAGCAACCUUACAUGCAACAGCAACCCCAAUAUUCGCAAUUCCCAGCUCAGCAACAGCCGCAGCACCAACAGACAGGGCUCGCUCCCCAGCCUACCGGCUACGCUCCCCAAUUGUCCGCUUUUGGAGGCGCUCAACUACAACCACAAGCAACAGGAUUCCCCGGAGGACAGCUUCCACCUCAGUUUACCGGUUUCCCCGGAGCACCAGCCCCAGCACCGCAGCAGCUACAGCUACAGCAAACCGGGUUCCCACCCCAAGCUCCGCAGCCUCAGUAUGCCGGGUUCGCGUCUCAGGGCCAAGUCCAGUCUCCUCCGCAGAUCCAACUUCCGACGGCCACAGGGCUUCCUCUUCAAACGGCACCGCAGACUUCCUCCCAAAUCGCGGACUCCUUCCAAAGUGCCUCUGGCGCCGCUCCUCUGCCACCACCCAAGUCGACGGGGAACAAGAUUCCGAAUAUCCGGCUUUCUUUCAUUACGGCGCAGGAUCAGGCCAAGUUCGAGCAGCUCUUCAAAUCUGCUGUUGGGGAUAGCCAGGCCAUGACGGGCGAAAAGGCUAAAGAGCUUCUUUUGCGCUCGAAGCUUUCGGGGAGCGACCUGUCGAAGAUCUGGGUGUUGUCGGAUACUACGAAGUCUGGGCAGUUGCUUUUCCCCGAGUUUGCUUUAGCUAUGUACCUGUGCAAUAUCCGAAUCACCGGUAGGGACCUACCUAGCACUCUGCCCGAAAAGGUCGUGAAUGAAGUCUCCAGCAUGGUGGACAUUAUCUCUUUCCAGGUUCCUGAUACGCGACCGGAGCCGGUCGCCAGAACCAACAUUCCCAGCUUCGAUGCCCCUCUGCUCGAGAAUAAAUCGGCACCUCCCGCACCCCAGCAGCCGCAGCCACAACAGCCAAGCAAUGCACAACUCCUCACGCAGCUCACGGCACAGCCCACCGGGUUCCUACAGCCUGGGUUCGCCGGUCAAAGCCAGGGCCUAGUACCGCAGGCGACCGGAUUUCCGGGACAGGCUCCGCAGCAGCAUCUCCAGGGCCCCCAGAUGGGGUUCCUGAACAACCCUCAGCCCACCGGCUAUUCCGGCCCUCGCCCUCCACUCCCACCCAUGCCAACCGGAUUCGCGUCAAAUCUCAUCAGCCCUGCGCAGACCGGGGGACUAGUCGCCCAACCUACUGGAAUCCCUGGUCAGUGGGGGUUCGUCAAUGCGCCGUCGUCAGGGUUGCCUAACAUCGAGGCUCUGAAGCAGCAAUUGAUGCCUCAGCCUGGACGAGAGGGCGGAUUCUCUACUGUCGGCUUGUCUGGCAACGCUUCUAUUCCUUGGGCUAUUACCAAGGAGGAGAAAAAGAUCUAUGAUGAUCUCUUCCGCGCGUGGGAUGGCCUCCACAAGGGUUUCAUUGGCGGUGAUACUGCCAUCGAAAUCAUGGGGCAGAGUGGUCUCGAUAGAAAGGACCUCGAGGCUGUCUGGACCCUUGCGGAUCCCCAUAACCGGGGCCGUCUCAACAUGGAUGAGUUUGCUGUGGCUAUGCACUUGAUUUACAGAAAACUCAAUGGCUACCCCGUUCCCAAUCGUCUGCCACCAGAGCUUAUCCCCCCAUCGACCAGGAACCUGAAUGACUCGAUUGGAACCAUCAAGUCUAUGCUCUCCCAGGAUGCCGAAACACGAAAAGCUACCGGCGCAUUCUUGCAGCCGCAAAAGACGGGUGUGAGUUACCUAAAGGAACACUCUUUCCGAGGUGGCGCUGUGUCCCCUGGGGUUGGCCGUAAGGAUGCUACCCUCUUCAAGAAUAACGAUGAAGCGGCCACUGGAUACCGCUCUAGUGCUCGCCGUCGCGUUGGUAACAACGGCCGUGCUUCGCCUGCUGCUUCCCAAGCAUCCGAGGAGGAGUUGGGGGUUGACCAACUAAAGAAGAAGAUCCACGAAGCUCAAAUCAUGCUGGAUGCAGUUGAUUUCCAGGACGAGAAUCGCGCUGAAGAAGAGGAUGCUCUGGAUCGACGGGAUCGUCGAGAGGCAGAAUCUCUCAUGGAUCGAAUUCGACGAGUGCAGGAUGAUAUUGACACUCACCCACAUGCAUCCCUCCGUAACCUUGACACGGGAGCCGAGCGGAGAACUCUGCGCCGCCAGCUGCAGGCUUAUGAGGAUCAGGUGCCGCAGGUAGCUUCGGACGUCCGUCGCGUUGAAAAAGAUAUCGCCGAAGCCAAGCUCGAAUUGUUCCGUAUGAAAGAUGCCAAAGCCCAUCCUAACAGUGCACUCAACAUAGUUGGAACUGGGCCGGGCGGCGCAGUCACCGAAGCUGACCGAAUCAAGGCGCGUGCUCGUGCGAGAAUGCAAGCCCGUGCCGCAGAACUUGCUGGAAGACCUGUCCCUGCAUCGGAUGAUGAGGGAGCUGCCACUCGCCGGUUUGAGGCCGAGAACACCAAUGUCAAGGCAGAGCGCGAGAAGAACGAUAACAUGACACGUGAUGUGGAGGAAAGUGUGAAGGAAUUUGCCCGUAGUCUGGAAGACAGCCUCAAGGAUGGAAGCGAGAGCUCUACACAUGAGCAUGAACGGCGCCGUUGGGAAGACGCUCUGGGCGUCGAAGAUGUGAUUCGUGAUUUCAUCUACGACUUGAACCGCAAUAGCCGUACUGCAUAUAUCCGAAAGGAAGAGGACUCAAGAACCUCAUCCGGUCUGGAUCAACGGUCUCGACAGACCGAGGCCUCUGCUCCUGUACGGCCUUCUCCACCACAAUCGGUUGGCUCUACUAGUUCAACUCCCGGUGGUACGCAUGACGACCGUGUUGCCGCUGCAAGGGAACGCGCUCAGCGACGAAUCGCCGAGCGCAUGGCAGCUGCCGGUCUUAAACCUCAGAGCGAUGCCACAGAAACACUCCUCCAGCGCCAAGAACGAGAAAAGAAAGAACGUGAGGAGCGCUUGAAGCGAGCUGAGGAGGAAGACCAGAAGAGGGAGCAGGAAAGACAGCGUCGCAUUGCCGAAGAGCAGCACGGUCCCAUAACGCAGGCCACCAAGCCAACAGGCAAGAAACCUCCCCCAGCACCACCAUCGCGCAAGGGCCGAACCGACAGCACUGGCCAAGCGGAUGCGAAGAGAGCCGCGGAUGAGACAGCGAAGGCUGAGCAGGCUGCCCGUGAGCAAGCUUUAAGGGAGGAACAACAGGCCCAGGAACAAGAGACCAAGCGUCUAGAAUUCGAGGCUAGACAACAUGAAGAGGAAAUCCAGAGGGAACAAGAAGCACAGCAGGCACGUCUCCAUGCACUGGAAGAGCAAGUCAAACAGGGAAAGAUCAAGAAGCAGGAAGAGAAGCGCCGCAAAGAGGAAGCCAAGCGGGCUGCAGCGGACCAGGAAGCAAAACUUGCACGUCAACGAGCGGAAUUGGACGCGGCUAGAGAGCGGGAACGCCAGCUUCAGCUUGAACUAGAAGGCUUGAAUGAGAGCUCUUCCGAUGAAGAAGGCCCUGUAGAUAUCACAACUCCCCAGGACAGCACACCUACCCAGAGCCAAGUCCUCCCUGAACCGUCGCCUUCAGUUACUGCUCCACCUGUUCCAGCCGAGCCCAGCUCCCCCGCAAGCAGCCGAGCUGCCCCGACGGCUAGUUUUAGCCCGGAAACCGAGUCCAAGAAUCCUUACUUUAGGACUUUGAGCCAUUCUACGGAUCAUGCACCUGCUUCUCCCCCAGAGGUCCCAGCGGCUCCGGCUGUUGUCACUCCUAAGGCAGAUGCUCCAUCUACUAACCCAUUCCACCGCUUCACCCAACCGCAAGAGCCUGCGAAACCCGCGUUCACUGCUCCUGGCCCCACCAUGCGCAAGACCCGUGCCCGUCCUGAGGAUGAUGAUGACUGGUCCGUAGCUGGAUCUGAUGCCGACUCGUCAGAUGACGAAGAUGAUCGUGCAGGGGGCGGCAGCGCAAAACAACUUGCGAGCAUCCUCUUCGGUACUAUGGCGCCUCCGCGACCCCUGAGCGCCAUGGAUGACAAGUCCCCUUCAAAAUCCUCUACACCUAUACAGGAGACCCCGGCCAUCCCUCCUGUCCCACCAGUUCCUCAAAUAGCACUACCUGUUCCUGGUGCUGCUGCUCCUCCACCACCACCACCACCUCCUCCUCCUCCUCCCCCUCCCCCGCCACCAGCAGCAGCAGCACCCUCUAUCCCAAAUCUUGACUCUGCUCCUGGGGCUCCUCCACCCCCACCACCGCCGAUGGCACCUCCUGCCCCUCCUCCCCCUGGCCCUCCACCACCACCUGGUCCUCCUACCGCUGCGCCAAGGGGAACCGGUGACCAUGGUGCUUUGCUAGCUUCAAUCCAAGCAGGGAAGGGGCUCCGGAAGGUUCAGACAAAUGAUCGAAGCAGCAGUUCCUCUGCGGGCCGUGUGCUAUAAGGGCGGGGGGGGGGUAUUCGAGCAGGCAGGGCUGGUGUUGGGUUUCUUUCUUUUUCUAUUUCUUUUUUCUUGAUCAUUAAACCUUCUUCCCUUUCUUUUCUUUUUCCUUUCUUUUUCCUUCCCUUUCCUUUCCUUUCGCUCCGUUUCCUUUCCUUAUAUUCUUGGAUAUACAUAGUAUUUCAAUCCAGUGUCUCUUUAGUCCGUACAUACUACGUAUUAUGUCCUCUAUAUGUACUUUUAAAUCGACGGCACUGCUCAAGUUGAAUCACUACGCAUGGGAAUGACCUUCCUGGUAACAAAUUAGUGGGCGAGAAAUGAGAAAAAUAAAACAAUGAGAGGAUGAGAGAUGUAAAAUAGCAGAUGGAACGCCGGAUAUCAAUUGCAUAGUUGAGGUUAGCUAAUUUUGUUUGCUAGGUAUUAUCCAUUAUCACUAACUAUCA